GUUAUGAUUGAAAACAGCAUUCACUGCAUGGUAUACACAGCGGGGUGGAGUGUAUUUAUCUAGCUGCGCGGCCUUGUAUUCCCACAGCAUACAACCGGUAUCCCUCUUUGAUAUAACAGCCGAUCAUCCUACCAUCAACUAAACUUCUAUCUAUAUAGUAACACAAUCCUUGGAACACUUUCAUACCUAGGGCCAAUGUCACAACCUUCUGAUACCAGUCUAGCAUCACUCCCCUCUUUCACUUCCAACACCCUUUCCACCCUUGAAGGGAAGCAUGGCGCAGCCUCCAGCCGUCGCCGAGGAUCUGUAUCGUCGAUAAACUCUGUGGUUUCCAGGGCAGCGGUGGAUGCAUAUCCUGGGUUGAACGAAGAGGAAAUCAACUUUAAGCGGAUCCAGACCAGAUCGUCUAUCAUCGACACCUUACAAAGACGAGCCAGUCGUACGGCGUCCAGGGUCGAAGUUGCCGAUGACGAAGAGAACCAGGACCCCUUGGGGAAAUCUGCGGACGACAAAGACCAGGAAGAUGAUGUCCUUCCGCUCAAAGACUACGGAACGGAGUUUGCUUCCUUGGAUCCAGAAUUAGUCACCUGGGACGGCCCCGAUGACCCCGAAUACCCCAGAAACUGGUCGCCAGCCAGAAAAUGGACCUCCACGAUCAUUGUCUCGUUAUACACCUUCGUUUCCCCCUAUUCCUCGUCUGUCAUUUCGCUCGGCGGCUCCAUGAUCGCCGAGGAGUUUGGAAUUAACCGAACGUACAUGAAGGCUCUUCUUGUUUCCAUUUUCGUGCUUGCGUGGGUCAUCGGCCCUGUCUUUGUGGCACCAAUGUCCGAACUUUAUGGUAGAAAGGUCAUGUUAAACUCGUCAAUCUACUUUCUUUUAGCCUUCAACUUUGGGUGUGCCUUCUCGCAAAACACGGCCCAGAUGCUUGUGUUUAGAUUUUUGGCAGGGCUUGGUGGCUGUACCCCAUUGUCUGUCGGGGCUGGGGUGCUUGGGGAUUGCUUCGAUAACAAAGAGAGAAACUUUGCUAUGGGGCUCUAUGCUACCGGGCCGACUCUUGGCCCAGCCGUGGCUCCCAUCGUCACCGGGUUCAUCGUGCAAAACUGUGACUGGCGCUGGUCUUUCUAUGUUUGCUGCAUUUUGAACGGGGUGGUGGCCAUUACCGGAACUCUCUUCUUUGAGGAGACCUACCCUCCAACCCUUUUGAAGCAGAAAGCAGCGAGACUCAGAAAGCUACACAACAACCCUAACUUGAAGUGCAUUUAUGAAAUUGCGGACGGUGAGACUGUGGCUGGUCGGUUCUAUGUCAAUCUCACUCGUCCUGUGAAGUUGUUGUUGUUCCAUCCCAUGGUCUUCGGGCUUGGUUCCUUCAUGGCUUUUGUCUAUGGCUUUAUGUAUUUGAUGAUUGUGACGAUUCCAACCAUCUGGACAGAGGUGUACGGUUUCGAUAAAGCCAUUGCAGGGUUGUUGUUCCUUCCAAUGGGGAUUGGUUACGUUCUCGGUAUCGUCUUCUGGACCUGGUCGUGUGAGGUUUGCUAUGAGAAGCUAGUGGAGAAGAACGGAGGAGUGGCUAAACCUGAAUACCGUUUACCAAUGCUAUGCUUCACGGGUAUUCUCAUUCCGGUGGGUUUAUUCUGGUAUGGCUGGUCCGCUGAGAAGCAUCUUCAUUGGAUCAUGCCCUCGAUCGGAACGGCUAUUUUUGGGUUUGGUCUUGUGGCGGUGUUCCAGACCAUUCAGAACUACUUAAUCGACAUGAGUCCACUCUUUGCCGCUUCCUCUAUUGGGGCAGCCUCGUUGUUCAGGUCCUGCUUUGGCUUUGGGUUUCCAUUAUUUGCCAACCAGAUGUACGCCAAGUUAGGAUACGGCUGGGGUAAUACGUUGUGUGGCUUCCUCGCCUUGGGAUUGGGAAUUCCGUUCCCGGUGUUUGUGAUCAUGUACGGAGAGAGAUUGAGAUUAUGGGCAAAUAAGAAUAUGGAGCGCGAUAUUGCCAAGAGAAGAGAGAAGAACUUAAAGAGAUUGCAAGCGAAGAAUGAAACGCAAGAAAAAUGAUUUUAGAUCGUCUGUAUUGCCCCUGCGAUUGGAUGUCAUGCCUUUGGUAUUAUGAUUUAUAUAAUAAACAAUGCGUAAAUAAACCGCCUUUAUACAAUAUUGAGAUUGAAGCACG